AAUCUCUCUCUCUCUUUCUCCGCCGAACCUCUUCGAUUCAAGUUUCCGUUUAUCACUCUACUAGUGUUUAAGGUUCCAUUGAUACCACCGCUCUAGUCAUGGCUGAAGCUGAAGAUCAGCAAAAUUUUGUUGCACAUAAUGGAGAUCAGGUACCAGCUCAGGGGUUAGAUGAGGUGCAUAAUGGGUUACCGUACCAGGUCCACGAUGAGACCCUUGUUCACCAACCAUACGAGGUACCGGAUCCGAUUCUUGAACCUCAGCAGUACGAGGUUCAUGAUCAGUUAGAGUAUCAACAAUACCAGUUGCAGGCCCAGACUCAUGAAGAUGUCCAAGAUCAGCCGCAAGAUGACCUACAAUAUCAGCCACAAGAUCAGGAGCAGUAUCAGUUACAAGACGAGGCUCAUGAUCAGGCUCAGUAUCAGGCGGAAGGUGAGGCACAAGAUCACAAUGGUGAUGAUGUGCAAGAUAAAGUAGAAGAUGAGGAAGGAAUUCCUGAGCAUCUUGAGUCUCUAGAGAAAUCAGAGUCUGAAGAAGGUGCAACAGUUGGAGGUGAGGAGAAGAGGUGGCCGGGAUGGCCCGGAGAGACGGUCUUCCGCAUGCUGGUUCCUGCACAGAAAGUGGGUAGUAUCAUUGGUCGCAAAGGUGAUGUCAUUAAGAAAAUAGUUGAGGAGACAAGGGCUCGAAUAAAGAUUCUCGAUGGUCCUCCAGGCACAACCGAAAGAGCUGUUAUGGUUUCUGGUAAAGAAGAGCCCGAAUCAUCUCUACCACCUUCUAUGGAUGGCCUUCUUAGAGUGCACAUGCGGAUAGUUGAUGGUUUGGAUGGUGAACCUUCUCAAGCCCCUCCAGCGUCAAAGGUGUCAACAAGAUUACUAGUCCCAGCAUCUCAGGCUGGAAGUUUGAUUGGAAAACAGGGAGGAACAGUUAAAGCUAUUCAAGAAGCAUCCGCUUGUAUAGUCAGAGUUCUUGGAUCAGAGGAUUUGCCUGUAUUUGCUCUUCAAGACGAUAGGGUUGUUGAAGUUGUGGGGGAACCAACAAGUGUUCAUAAAGCCUUGGAGCUGAUUGCAUCACAUCUAAGAAAGUUCUUGGUUGAUCGUAGCAUCAUCCCGUUCUUUGAAAAUCAGAUGCAAAAGCCAACUCGCCAAAUGGAUCAUAUGCCACCACCACACCAGGCAUGGGGUCCUCCUCAAGGUCAUGCCCCAAGUGUUGGUGGAGGAGGCUAUGGUCACAACCCACCUCCAUAUAUGCAACCACCUCCUAGACAUGAUAGUUACUAUCCUCCUCCUGAGAUGCGUCAACCUCCAAUGGAGAAACAGCCUCAUCAAGGUAUAUCUGCAUAUGGUAGAGAGCCUCCUAUGAAUGUGCACGUAUCAUCAGCCCCACCAAUGGUCGCUCAGCAAGUUACGCAGCAAAUGCAGAUUCCACUUUCUUAUGCUGAUGCUGUAAUUGGGACAUCAGGUUCAAACAUAAGCUACACUAGACGUCUUAGUGGAGCAACAGUAACUAUUCAGGAGACCAGGGGAGUACCUGGUGAAAUGACUGUUGAGGUUAGCGGAACUGGCUCACAAGUCCAAACUGCUAUGCAGCUUAUUCAGAACUUCAUGGCUGAAGCUGGAGCGCCAGCACCAGCACAACCUCAAACUGUAGCACCAGAGCAGCAAGGCUAUAACCCAUACGCAACACACGGCUCUGUCUACGCAGCGGCUCCAACAAACCCGCCUGGAGGAUACGCUACGGACUACAGCUCAGGCUACGGUUACUGAUCAAAGCUUUUAAGUCUCUUUAGAAUGUUUUACUAGUAGUUGCAAGCAAGAGUGAAAACGCUAGAUGCCUAAUCGAGUAUAUGUUGUUAUUAGCGAGCACCCUGUGUACUGAGAAUCAAUUAUUAUAUCAGUUGUUUUGAGACUUCUUCAUUUGUGUACUGUUCAAAACGUUAGUCUAUCAUCUUGAUUUCAUUUUCAUAUGAUGUUAGAGGGGUAGUAAAAUUAAGAGAGCAGA